AUGGAGGAUGAUCUCGCAUGCUGCACGAAUUCCGAGGCUGCAGCCCAUCAUCAUAUCUGUAAAAGAAAUGCCGUCUCUUUUAGCCGCGAGUGGCUUAUCUGUAUAAGUUGUUACGUUGAAGGUUUCGAGCCUGAAUUUUUUGAUCCGUUUCACAUGGAGAAGCUGAAGCAGGCUCUGGUUCCUUCUACUCGCCCUGUUUUACCUAUCUAUAAAGACUCAACAGAAGACCUUCCGAGACCAUUUCGUCAGGAUUCAAAUACCGACAAUCAUGGAGAAAAUACUGCAGAGCAUGCUUCACAAAAGGCUUCUUCAGAUACGUAUCCAUACGCGCCUACACAAGCACUUCAUUCCACCUCCAACUUUCGAGGAAAACGGCCAAUAAACGAUGGCUCUCAGACGACAGAAUGCGGUCCUUCUUCCUCGACUAUCGAUCCUAGAAUAGAGCUACAUGAGCACAAAAAGCAAGACCCAUGCGGCCAUGAUGUUACUGGCACCCAGGACGUAAGCCCUUCGAUGAAAACGGCAGUACAAUUGAAAAGGAGCCGAACUGCUGUUGUUUCUCCACAGUCAACAGCUUUACGAAAAGCAAGAAGAAGAAAUUCAUGGCCCUUGCUGGCACCAGCAGCACCUUCAAGCCAGUCGGCAGCGCACCCAAGCCCAGAGCAGAUGCUUCCUACAAUAGCAACAUCCGCAAUAUGUACCGCAGAUAAAUCUCCCACAGAGCAAUCAAAGAAGCUAGCAACAUCGGUGCAGAUUAUAGCAGAGAUAAACCCUACAGCAGAAGUCGAAGCAACAACAGAAGAUGCACGACCAAUAUCAGUACAAACAGCAUCUUUGGCAGAGUCACUGGGACCGCCAACAACGUGGGACGACGUGCCAGCAGGCUACCCUAUGCUUGCAAAGAGGAUGGCAGAUAUGCCUACGGCAUCCAUUUUUAGAAGCUUCGCCGCUCUCAAUCUUCAGAAUCUUCUAUAUAUGCAAGCAGAGCUACAAGAUUUGGAAAAGGAACUACUAAAGCUCCAAGCAAAAGAUGCCGCUGCAGGCAAUGAAAGCAUCCGGAGACGAAACUACGCAAGGGACUGGUGGUCGCUUCAGAGAUCAGGCAUCAAGGGUCGGUUAUCUGAAGAUGAUCCUAUCCAAUGGCGUGUUGCUGUUAUGAUUCGGGACAAACUUCAGAAGUACAAUGAGGCGCUUAUUCAAAUGAUGAAAAUCCUCUCUGCAAAAGAGCCAGAUGAACAAGAUUAUAAAAGUAUACAAGAGUUCCUUGUAUCCAAACCGAUGCUAGAUGGGGAGGCUCUCGUAGGUGGCGACAGAGACAUAUGGGGCGUGAUGAACGAGAAUUACCAAAAGGAUCCAGAAGAUGAUCUCAUUACCCUACUAUCAAGAGAAAAGACGGACCGCCUGUCAAGAUGGAUUACCAGUUUGCUUGUAAAAAGACUUGACAAGAAGGCGAACAAGAAGGAGAACAAGGAGAACGAUCCGAGAAAAAAGCGAGGUUCAGUUGUGGCGUUCUCAGUCGAGAGCAUUAACCGUUGGACGUUUAUGUUAACCACCGGGCUUGGAGCUAUGCUUCCAGUGGCGUCAAUGCUAGCUCUCCAACGCCUUGAGUCGGUCCAAGUUCGAACGGUGAGCUUGGUGUGGAUCGCCGCUUUCAACUUUUUUCUGGCUAUUCUUCUUCAUUGGUUGGCAUCAGUCAAGCGUGCUGAGAUAUUUGCUAUUGCGUCAGCGUUUGCAGCUGUCAACGUUGUUUUUAUAGCAAAAUGAAAAAUCGGCAGGGAAAUGCCUGCUAUUGACAUGGUAUCAUAAGU